GUUGCCCCACGCUUGCUCAUGUCCCGGAUGUACCUACAUUUUAGUAGAGGAACAAAAAAUGGGCUCAUUAUCAAGCUUCACCAAACCGUUUAAAUUAUCCCCACACACGAUUAUUGUACAUGUAUGAGGACCAGGCCAGAGUUCUGAGCAGAGUCCACGUCCACAGUCUCCGUGUCUGUACAGCGAUUCAUGAAAUCGAACAGAGUGCAGUUGGAGGUGAGAGCUGCGGGCCGAGUGUGUUGACACCGUUAGAGCUGCUUCACACUACUGACAGGGCCUUCCGCCAUCCCUUCACCCGUCAUCUGCCUAGCGAAGAGUGAUGACCUCACAGCAGCAUGGGAAUGCCAACCCUGCCCUCCUCUCGCCACAGAACUCUUCAUCAAGUCAGGGCAGGCAACACAUUUCCCGUUCCCCGAUAGACUCGUAUUCCCGCUCUGGGCUUUCCUUUCCUCGGAGAGGCUGGGUUGCAGGGUCCUCAUCUGCAGCAGCUCAUGGUAACUCUCUUGCGCUCUCUCUGAGCCGAUUGGCUCCGGCGUCCUGCAGUCUAUCCUCCUCGUCUCGGAGACCUGCUUCUGGUCGGGUGGAGCCGUGGCCGGAGGAGGCAGUGGAUGACGCAUAUGGGCUUUACUCUCUUCACCGCAUGUUUGAUAUUGUGGGCGCGCAGCUGACGCACCGAGACGUACGUGUGCUGUCCUUCCUUUUUGUGGACGUUAUUGAUGAGUACGAGAGAGGAGGGAUACGGAGCGGGCGAGAUUUCCUACUCGCGCUUGAGCGUCAGGGGCGAUGUGACGAGACAAACUUCCGGCAUGUUCUUCAGCUGCUCCGCAUCAUCACUCGCCAUGACCUGCUGCCAUACGUCACGUUGCGCAAGAGACAGACAGUGUGCCCAGAUCCAGUCGAUAAAUACCUGGAGGAGACGUCAGUCCGUUAUGUUUCUCCCAGAGGAGCAGGAGAAGCACAGCAGGGGACUCCUCACAGAAGAACAGGACACCAGCCACUGAUCUGCUGUCCUCCAUCAGGACCCCAGGUAUGCCCAUCCCGUGCUAAACCAACCCCACCUCUGCCAAGCAGGAAAAGAAAGAGAUCACACACGACAGCUGACUGCAGAGAAAAACAGACCUGUGACAUACGACUGAGAGUGCGUGCGGAGUACUGUCAGCACGAGUCGGCCCUACAAGGAAAUGUCUUCUCCAACAAGCAGGAGGCGCUGGAGAGGCAGUUUGAGCGGUUCAACCAGGCCAACACCAUCCUCAAAUCCCGUGACCUGGGUUCCAUCAUAUGUGACAUCAAGUUCUCAGAGCUGACCUACCUGGACGCCUUCUGGCGGGACUACAUCAAUGGCUCACUAUUGGAAGCCCUGAAGGGUGUUUUCAUCACAGACUCUCUAAAGCAGGCAGUGGGCCAUGAGGCCAUUAAGCUCCUGGUGAACGUGGAUGAGGAAGACUACCAAGCUGGCAGGAGGAAGUUGCUGAGGAACCUGGUGGCCGGAGGUGCUGGUGCAGGGACGGGGAGCAGGGAGGGUCCCUUGUCCUAGUGGUGGGAUUGACUCGAGAAAGAAAUGGGAUUGCUACUUUUUGGAGAGGUGAGAUGAGUAUUCUCAAAGUGACACAAGUAGAACAGAUGAAGACGGAGCACUUUAUUUUUUACUCUCUCUCAAGUAUUUGACCUAUUGUAACCAUAUUCUGUAUAGUAAUACACCAUUCCAAAAUGUAGGAGACAUUCGGCAUCAUCGGCCAUCUGUCACAUUAUGAAUAAUUUAAUUUUUGUUGACCAUGCCGGUGGUUGUGUUAAGUGAAAUAUUUACGUGCAAAAUAGAAAGCUGGUUCAUUCAAUGUCUGUACAAAUCAAUAAAACAAACAGAAAAAUAC